GUGUUUGAACAGUAGGCGGCGCCACGCGACAGCUGAAGAUUCAAACACGCGCCGAAGAAGAAGAAGCCGCUUCUGUCACAACAUCCGGUGAACACCAUCGAGCUCGUCUAGUUCUUUUAAGGAUGCUCAGGCCCCCACAGACGAAGGCUUGCUUGAAUCGGCUCCGACCGGUGUUGACGGCCAGAGACGCUGGAGAACGGACGCUCUGCAGCCGCCCGCCCGAGCUCUUCUCCCCCGGCCCUGUUUCCCGAGCGUCCUCCUUGGCGCCGGACUCUUCCAGACGUGCGGGCCCCGGCGCUCGCUCCCUGUUGAGACGCCCCACGAACUCUCCGCACGCACCGGAUCACGCCUCUCCCUCACGGAGCUCCACCAAUCCAAGCAGAUGGCAGAGCAGUUCAAACGGCUCGGGCGUCCUUUCGACAGCCGGGCUGCACAGGAGGGCCGCGGGGGACGAGUGCCUGUCCGCCGGGAACGAGGCCCGCUGCAGACGCUCUCUGCAGGCGAACGCCGCCCUGUACGCCGGGGAGAGGACGAGCUGGGCGGCGGUGCUGGUGUGUCUGUGCGCCGUGAGCGGGGACCCCGCGCUGCUCUUCACGCUCAGAUCCGCCAAACUGAAGGGCCGGCACAAAGGAGAUGUCAGUUUCGCGGGGGGGAAGAAGGACCCGUCUGACAGGACCGUCGUGGACACGGCUCUCAGGGAAGCGCGCGAGGAGCUGGGCGUCCUCAUCGCUGAGGAUCAAGUGUGGGGUGUGCUCAAACCGCUGCGGGACGUGUCUGGAAUGAUGAUUGCACCGGUGAUAGCCAAUCUUGGACCUCUGGAGGCUCUCUCUUUUCGACCUAAUCCAAGUGAGGUGGAGGAGAUUUUUACCCUGACGCUUGAGCAUUUAUGUCAACCCCAAAACCGAGGCUACACGCACUUCCGCACGGGAGAUCGGUACGGAUACACCCUCCCGGUGUUUCUCGGCCCCAAGCACCGCGUCUGGGGCCUCACGGCGGUGGCCCUGGAUCACGCGCUCAAGAUCAUAGUGCCCCGGGAGCAGCUGCUGGACCACAGCGCCGUUCAGUAGCACCUUCGGGAGAAACCUCUGGCUUUCAACUCGCCUUCGUGUCGUUCUGAAGCCAUAGGACCUGCUUUCACCUUCAGAACACAAAUCAAGAUAUUUCUGAUCAAAUCCCUCCAGAGACCAUAAAACUGCCACCACAAUCAAGACCCAGAAUCAUAGCAAGGAUAUCCAGCGCUCUCUCAUGAACAUUUCAUACGUAUUUCAUGAGGUGGCUAAUUCGUACAUUUACAUGCAAUUUGUCUAGAUCUUGUGCUACUCCUAAAAUACAAAGCGUCGUAUGAAUUUGCGCGAGCGAGGCCGUACCAGUUUGUACGAAUAAAAUAUGCAUGAAUUGCUGGGACAUCAGUAAAACUGUUCAUGUGAUGUCAGCGGUUCAACUGUCAUUUUACGAAGCUAAGAGAAUGCCAUUUGUGCGCAAAA